AUGCAAGGAAAAGGGCAAACCAGCAACGCGAUCAGCAGCGGAGAAAAAGCCGGAGACGAGAGCGAAUACGAAGAGACAGCGCAGCAAUUGUAUUCCUCCAGGAAGAUGAAGGCCSACAUCUACAUAGGUCUGUCAGUUGGCUUCUGCGGCUCCUUCACGUCCUUCGCCGAUAUCAUCCGGGAUGCUUUCCUUGCGCUGUCCAAUGAUUUCAGUACCGCGGAAAUCUCGACACUUGUUACUACACACGUCUUGAGAGGCAGGUCAGACGUGUGCUCGCCGUGA